UUACAGAAAGUGAAAGCGUGGCCAGCACCUCGAGAAAUGCAUCGAAUAUUAAAAUGCUUAACAAUUAUGCGCAAGCACUACUGCAGCAGAAUUGUAAUAAACCAUCAAUAGAUGAAGAAACUGAAGGGGAAGAACAUGGUAAAAUUAGUACCGAUGAGCAUUAUAUUAUAUAUAAAUAUAAUAAAUUUAGCACAAAAAUAUAUUUUUUAUUCUGCAGGUCAGUACAUUGACGAAGAAUAUAUUGAGUCUGAAAAUGUUCCUGAGUAUAUCAAUGACAUGGAAAAUAAAGAUGAAGCUGAAGAAAAUGAAAAUAACAAUGCCGCAUGUUGCAAUUGUAGAAAAGAGCAAAAACAUUUCGAAACCGUGGUCUUAAAAAAACUAAACGAAUUGUUAGAAAUAGCACGAAAUUCUAACCCAAGUGAAUACAAACGUCGCAAUUAUCCUCUUCUUCCCCCGAUGCCAUUCAGUGAUAUCAACACGCUACUACAAUUCGAUUGUGAUCUCAAAGAAAACGAUCAAAUGCGAGAUCAAUUUGUAAGUGUGCGAAUAUAUGUAUUAAUAUUCUGA